UGGUUUCGAGAAAUAAAGUUUAAGCUAUGGCAGCCGGUCCGAUUGCGGAACGUAAUCAAGAUGCAACAAUAUACGUCGGAGGACUGGAUGAUAAAGUUACAGAGUCCCUCAUGUGGGAAUUAUUUGUUCAAUCAGGACCCGUUGUUAAUGUACACAUGCCGAAAGAUAGAGUAACUCAAAUGCAUCAAGGAUAUGGUUUUGUUGAAUUUAUGGGAGAAGAAGAUGCAGAUUAUGCCAUUAAAAUCAUGAACAUGAUUAAGCUCUACGGCAAACCUAUUCGAGUGAACAAAGCUAGUGCGCAUCAAAAGAAUUUGGAUGUUGGAGCGAAUAUAUUUAUAGGAAAUCUUGAUCCAGAGGUGGACGAAAAAUUGUUGUAUGAUACAUUCAGCGCAUUUGGUGUGAUUCUGCAAACACCAAAAAUAAUGAGGGAUCCCGAGACUGGCAAUUCGAAAGGCUUCGCUUUUAUCAACUUCGCUUCUUUCGACGCUUCGGAUGCAAGCAUCGAGGCGAUGAACGGCCAAUAUUUGUGCAAUCGGCCGAUCUCAGUGUCGUAUGCUUUCAAACGUGAUGCCAAGGGUGAAAGGCAUGGUAGUGCCGCGGAAAGACUUCUAGCCGCUCAGAAUCCGCUGAGCCAGGCGGACAGACCGCAUCAAUUGUUCGCGGACGCACCACCACUGGCGCCGCCGCCGAUGCCGAACUCGAACGCAAAUGCUCAUCAAUCUGUUCAUCAUCCUCCGCAUCACGUGAUGCAUCACGGAAUGGUCGUGCCACCGCCGCCGCCGCCAUCGACUCCGGGACCCCCGAUGGGUCAUCCACCUCCCCCGCCUGUGCCACCGCCACCAUCCAGUGGAUUUCCACCGGCAAACAUUCCUCCGCCUCCUCUGCCACCGAUGUCUAUGGCGCAUCCUCCUCUACCACCGGGUAUGCCGCCUCCGUUGCCGCCGAUGCCUGUACCGACCUCACAGGCACAGUCGGCUGCUUCGAGGAUGAUGGCACCACCCCCACCGCAUUGGGCUAUGGGAGCGCCUCCGCAGGGACAAUUUCCACCGCCUCCGCCGCCAUCCGCUACCGGUGGACCCUCGCAAUACGGACAAUUCCAACCACCAACGCCGAGGCCACCCCCGGCUUGGCGACACCCGCCACCGCCGCCUGUCUCGCAGGGUGGUCCACCGCCCCCGCCCCCUCCUCAAUUUCGACCACCUUUUCCACCAAGAGGACCACCGCCACCCCCACCUCCGCACGACGGCAACCAAUAUUAAUAUUUCUUAUAGUUUAACAUUUUUAUAUCGCGUGGACGAUAUAAUUAGUAAGCAUACAUAUAUCACAAUGAAUAUAUUAUUAUUUUUGCAAAAAUCA